CCAGACUUGCUUUUGAUCAUAUUGAAAGCCAGCUUUGCCAAAGAAGGUUUUUCAGGCGUGCUUUUCAGGCGGAAGCCAGCAGGGCUUCAACAGAGGCUGCCACAAGCAGUGUGCCUGCCGCUUCCAGCCUGCUGGGUCUGACUUCAGAGCCCAGCCAUGCCGGAUCUAUAUGCCGUUGUCCUAGGACUCCUGAUCCUUCUGCCUCUCCUGGGGAACAUUUUCUUCCCCUAUCUUUGGCUGGACCUGGUCUUCCUCUUCCGCACCAUAUGCUCAGGAUUCAGAUGCUACAAGUAUGUCCAACGCAAUCCUUCCUUUGCUUUACUGGACAUCUUCUUGGCCAAAGUCCAGAAACACCCAGAAAAGCCCCUGAUUCUUUUUCGAGAAGAAGUCUAUUCUUACCGAGAGAUCGACCAGCGUAGCAGCCAGGCGGCCAGAGUGUUCCAAAGCCAUGUGGGACUGAAAGAAGGGGAUACUGUAGCUGUCUUCUUGGAGAAUGUCCCUGCCUACAUCUGGGUCUGGUUUGGUCUGGAGAAGAUUGGCUGCACGAUGGCAUGUGUCAACUAUAACAUCCGAUCCAAGUCUCUCUUACAUGUGCUCAGCUCCUGUGAGGCCAAGGUGCUGCUGACAACACCAGAUUUUCAAGCUGCCAUUGAGGAUGUCCUGCCUACUCUCAAGAAAGAGGGGAUACAGGUUUUCUACCUGAGUGAUGACUCUCCAACCAAGGGUGUGCAAGCUUUGCUGGGACACAUCAAAUGCAGCUCACCUGAACCGGUGCCUGUUUCCUGCAGGUCCAGUUUAUCUCCUAAAUCCCCAUCCUUAUAUAUUUUCACCUCAGGGACCACAGGGCUACCGAAAGCUGCGAUCAUCACCCGGAGAAAGCUGCUUCUUGUGUCUGCCAUGUACCGCCUCUGUGGGGUGUGUCCAAAGGACAUCAUCUAUGUCCCACUCCCAAUGUACCACUCAGCUGCGCUUCUCAUUGCAAUUGGAGGGUGCUUGGAGGUUGGAGCCACUUUUGUCUUGAGAUCCAAAUUCUCUGCUUCCCAUUUCUGGGACGACUGCAGACGAUACCAUGUCACUGUGAUCCAAUAUGUGGGAGAAAUGAUGCGCUACCUAUGCAAUUCACCAAAGAAGGACAAUGACCGUGACCACAGUGUGCGGAUAGCGAUAGGCAACGGCAUGCGUAUGGAAGUCUGGAAAGAAUUCCUCCGUCGAUUUGGGUUCAUCCAGAUUUAUGAGUUCUAUGGAGCUACGGAGGGCAAUGUUGGAUUCAUCAACUACACGGGCAAAGUUGGAGCUGUGGGAAAGACUAAUUACUUACACAAGAAAAUGACAAUGUUUCAACUUAUUAAAUAUGAUGUUGACCAGGAUGAGGCUGUGAGGGAUGAAAAAGGGCAUUGUAUCCCAGUGGUUGCAGGUGAGACGGGUUUACUGGUAGCCAAGAUCACAGAGGUGACACCAUUUGUGGGCUAUGCCGGAGACCGAGAGAAGACAGAGAAGAAGAUUCUCCGGGAUGUCCUGAAGAAAGGGGACUGCUACUUCAACACGGGUGACCUCCUCAUGCAAGACCGUGAAGGCUUUCUGUAUUUCCAGGACCGGGUGGGAGAUACUUUCCGCUGGAAAGGCGAGAAUGUGGCCACUACAGAGGUUGAGAGUGUCCUGGCAGGGCUGGACUUUAUUCAAGAAGUCAAUGUUUAUGGGGUGCCAGUACCAGGGCACGAAGGAAAGAUUGGGAUGGCUGCUGUACGGUUGAAGGAGGGGCUCACCUUUGAUGGGAAGAAGCUGUAUGAACACGUCAAGGCUUCCAUGCCAAACUACGCAGUACCUCGCUUUAUCCGCCUCAGGGACACCCUGGAGAUCACAGGAACGUUCAAACAGUGCAAAGGUCAGCUGGUGAAAGAAGGAUUCAACCCUUCUGUUAUCCGCGACCCCCUCUACUUCCUAGAUGACUUAGAAAAAUGUUAUACGCCAAUGACUCAGCAGAUCUGGGACUCCAUUGCAGAGAAGAAAUUGAAACUGUGAAAGGGGUGUCCGGGCAUAUUGUGUGGGCCAUUUCCUUACUGGUUCUAGUGGAGCAGGGGGCCUAGGAACAGUAUAGUAUUGAGCCUCUUGGCUUCUUUCUGAGAAAGAAAGGAUUGCCAGAAAAUUAUUUUUAUCUCUGAGAUGUGUGUGUAUAUGUGUGUGUUGAGAAUUCUGUGCAAAAAAACAACAACCAAGAUCAUCUUUAUGGAAACAUGUGUGAAUACGUGUGUUUAUAACAGUGCCUUUUCUUUUUCCCGGAAAAAUUACACAAUCAUCUGUGCGCAUAUGAUGGCACAGCAAGUAUAUGGGGGUAUUCAUAUUCGUAUACUAUCCCCCACUGGUGCAGAUAAUGAGGGUCCGGCCCCCACUCACAAUUCUGC